AUGGAGCUCGCACAGCUGGAGGAGAAGCAGCAGUUCCAGAAAGUCCAACCUCUUAAGAAAUCGGAGCUUUGGGCUUGGGAUAUGGCCUCCAAGUACGGAGUCGAGGCUUCGAAUCAUGCGAUUCCAUGCAACACGACCGCCCCUGUAAUUCGCUGCGUUACUCCCUUUCUCGGAACCUACGUUGAUCCAGGAGCCAUCUCCCUCUAUGUCUCCUCACUCUCCUCCAUCCUCUCCUUCUUCACGUCCCUCUCCAUCUCUGCCGUCGCCGACCAUGGAUCGUAUAAGAAGAGUCUGUUGAUCGUGUUCUCGGUUCUUGGGUGCCUCUUCUCCAUGGGGUUCUUCAUCAUUCAGGAACCCAGACUGUUCUGGGUUGGCGCGAUACUCUCCCCACUCGCCUGGACCUGCUACAACGUCUGUGGUGUCUUCUCGCACUCGUUCCUACCCAUCUACGGUCACGCCCAUCCGGAUGUCCUCGCCGCACAGGCCAGGGGAGAGUCACUGAGCGUGGUCCGCAAAAUUGAGGAACAGAUCGUCAAUGAUCUGUCAGCGUACUCGGGUGCCAUUGCCAACAUUGGCUCGAUCAUCGUUCACGGUGUCUGCAUAGGGGUGUCGCUGGGGAUGCAUGAGACCUCGCUCAGUCUCCAGAUCGCGAUUGCUUACACAGGUGUCUGGUGGCUGAUGUGGAUUCUGAUUGUUGCGCCAUGGUUGGAUGCCAGACCAGGACCCCCUAUGCCCAAGGGCCAGAACUGGGUCGCGUACAGUUGGAUGAAGACCUAUAGAACUCUCGUGUCGUUCAAGCAGCUGCCCGAGAUCUUCAAGUUCAUGGUAGCAUGGUUUAUCCUCUCGGACGGGAUCAACACAAUGCCCGCAAUCAUGUUCAUCAUCCUCUAUCGCGAACUCUCCUUCACCCACGUCGAAUCCUUGAUCAUGUCGGUCCUCCUCUCCGUGAUGGCAUGUCUGGGUGCAUACGGGUUCAUGUAUCUCCGCAAGGUCUGGUCCCUGACAACUAAGUUUAUGAUUAUUUUGUGUCUGAGUCUCUAUGGAAUCCAGAUGGCUUAUUUGGUUGUUGUACCGUACAUCACGGACAAGGCUGGUUUGAGGACUAGCCAUGAGGGGUGGUUCCAUGUGUUGUACUAUGGAAUCAUUGUCAGCACGUUUUAUGGAUCCUGUCGAGUUAUGCUUUCAGAGUUGUGUCCGGCUGGAGAUGAAAAUGAGUGGUUCUCACUCUACCUGCUCGCCGACAAAGGAUCAUCAUGGGUGGGUCCUUUCAUUACAGCAGCCAUCUUUUCAUUGACAGGGGACUACCGCAGAGCUUUCUGGUUCCCCCUAGUACUAAUCCUCGUUGGCGUGCUGAUGCUCUCCCGGGUGGACGUGGACAAAGGCAAGGAUCAGGCUUGCAACUUUGCCCAAGCAAAAGAACGCGAACGCCAUUUGGCAGCCACGACACACUCUUUGCACUAG